GUUCGAGCAACGUACAGUCUCACAAAAAAACAUUUUCGUGGUAAAAGACCUUGAGGACAUCAGCGACAACGAGUUCUCACAGCUACUUGAAGAUUUAACUUCUGUUGCCACAAUCACACUGGAGAACAAUAGGUUUAAUAACGCUAUGACGUUGACGACAGGCCAACAGCGCUCGACUUCCUUUACUAUGUCCCCUCUCCUCGGCUCAACACAAAAGGAGAGUGGGAACACUCGUGAUUAUGUUAACGACAUUGUUUCUUCGUCGAUAUAUCCACCACCAGCCCAAGACCCGCAAAGAGUCUUGCGUCAAAUGAUGAAUCUCUGUAAGCAUAUUUAUUCGAGAGGUCUGAUUGAAGGAAGUGGAAGUGAUGUAACGAUUAAAGCAUUUGACAAGGACUAUCACUUGCACAGGAUUAUCCUUUACCAAAAUCCUUAUUUUUCGGUGUUAUUGGAAGGACCGUGGAAAGAAAAUGGUCAAAAGGCAAUUGAGCUUCGAUUUGAUGACGAAAAUAUAACACGUGAUGCAUUCGAGAUUGCUUUAGGUCGUUUGUAUGGAAGAUUGGAUGAAGUCAUAUUGCCAUCUCAGGUUCUCAAUCUUUUAGCGACUUCGUCUUUUCUUGAUUUGCAAGAUUUAUGCGAAAUGUGCGUGGAGGUAGUAUUAAGGGACAUCAAGGAUGACACCGUCGUGCAUUAUCUUACUUUCGCAACAUCUCAUUUUUAUGGGCCCCAUUCUGAAAAGAUUACAGAGUCUUGUUUUACAUAUCUUUGCAGAGAAGGAUAUGAUAACAUGAGGCUCAAACCAGCAUUCUUGGCAUUACCCGCAGAGUGGUUAAAGAGAGUUAUCGAGAGCGAUGCAUUUUGGGUUCCAAAUGAAUACGAGAGGUACUUAUUUGCGAGGGAUAUAAUCGGUAAUCGAAGAAAAUUAUUAGUAGAGCAAAAAAGGCGAAAUUUAGUAUCCUUGUCGCUCGACAACUCGGAAUUAUCGGGAUUAAUUAAUAUGACUUCAGACAAUUCCGUUCCUGCUUCUCCAACCUCCCCAAGUAUGAAUAGACGAUCAAAUCAUUCGUAUGCCUGUCAUUCGAGACAAACUGCCUCUACAAGUACGAUAAAUUCGAUAUGUUCGAUCCCUUCGUCUGUGCAUAUUGAAAGUGAUGAAACAAUUUACACAGCCAUUUUCACCUACGCUGUUUAUUAUGCUCAUAUGACCUUUGAAGAGCUAAAUUCAAUUCUACAUGAUUGCGAUCCCACUACCAAUGCUCCCUUUGCUCCUGAAUAUGUGGUAAAAGAGGCACUAUGGCAACAAAUCGAUCUUCGCAACAAGAUCGAAAAUGCUGCAGAGACGGAUGGCACCUUGGGAAUUUCCUCUUCCGAGAUACCACCCAGUUCCACAGGAGUUCAUUUCGAGAUUCCUUCGGAUGACACAACUCACAUAGGAGAGCCGCUCACCGGAUUGGAGGAUAUGGUCGGAGGUGGAAAUAAAGUAAUGAAAGAUGGAGAAAGUAGAGGGAGCGUAGAGUAUUCUUUGUUUGCUCCUUUUAGGUUUAGUGUGGAGUUUUCUGAUGUCGCGAAACUGAAAGAAAAGCAAAGAGUUUACUCUGGAACAAAAUUCUACGCUGGGUCCAAUUGGAAUAUGUAUAUUCAGAAGAUAAAGACUCCUCGCAAGGGUAUACAACUUGGUGUGUAUUUGCACCGUCAUUCAAUGUCUGAUCCGGCAUCACCUUCAUCUUCAGCCAUGAAUGGAUCGCCAACAAACAAGAGUCCGACUUCCUCACCUGGUGCAGAUGAUCGAUAUUCCACCUCAACUCGUCAAACGCUGCAGAUGAAAAAUAAUAAUAGUGAAAGGAGCUUUUCAAGAUACGCAGAUAAGAGGAAAACGGUGAGGACUUGGUUUAAAAUCUUUUGCCCUGCUAGGGGCCCCAGCCACGUGUUAACCCAAUUCCAAAGCAGUCCUGAUAAUUUUGCAUUGAUGCAAAGUUGGGGAUGGAGGAGUUCAAGUCUUUGUCAGGAUGAUUAUCUUUUGGAUGUUCGUGACUACGAUGGUUCAACCAACGCCAUGCCUAAUUCCACCCCUUCAACAUUAAAGUUUUCGGUGGUGAUGGGACACGUGUGA